GACGAUGCCAUCUGAAUUGGCUGCAGGUGGAUGGGUGUGGGAUGUUUCAACCUUCCAACGUGUCCUGGAUGGACAGGGCCUAGCUGUGGUCUGCGCGGGGCUUCCAACCGUGUGACAGGGUCGUGGAUAAAAUACCUGGCGAUCCGCCCACCUUGUUAGACCCAGCCCAAGGGGAUGAUGGCACUUUGCUAGGACCGGACCGUGGCUCCUGGUCCUGAUUCGUGAUAUUCACGCCUGAGACCCAGCUCCAUGCCGCGGAAAUGACUGUUACUUUUACAACAUCAAUAGUUCCCGCGGGUCAAGAGCAGUCGAGCAUCGUCAGGCGGCAAGUCACUUUGACGCAAACUAUCACGUACCCUGACUCGACAAGUACGGCCGUCGUGACCCUAGAUCGUGGUGGCCCGACGACAACAUCUGCAGCUCCGAGCUGGAGUGCCGGUGCUACUUCUUCUUCGGACGGUUUGGGACAGCAAGAAAUUGGCAUCAUUGUGGGAUGCUGCUUAGGGGCUGUCGUGCUCGGUAUACUUCUUUGGUGUUGCUGCACCAGACGGUGUGGAUGUACUCCUUACUCCGUUUAUCAGGAAGACGACGACGAGGUUGAAACUAUUUACGAGACAGACGAAAUCGCUUAUCCGGAUAGAGUCUGGAGAUUCCCUCGAUCGAUAACCCCACCUGUCGUCCCGACGUACGUCGCGACGGAUACGGGACCCGAGUGGACAGCAUACCAAGCGACAAGAAGGGACCGCAACGGUUAUUACUGGUCUCAAUAAUAUAAUAAUUUUCUAUCGCGUAUACAUUUCGGCCGAUUAUCUCCUAACUACUUUCCUUGAUGAAGUUGAGGUAUUUUCCAUGUUUCUAUGGUUCGGUUGGAGUUACAACUCGGCAUACAGGAUGUGCCUUUGAGUUAUUUCCACUAUCAGCGAGCAUUAAUGAGUGAAGUGUAAUGACGAAGGAAUAUGACGGAAAGAUGAUACCCACUUCAUGAACAUUUCAACAUCCAGCGAAUACGUCUAGUCGAUGAAGGAAAUCGCGGAUCGAGCAGGAAUACAUUAGCACUA